AUGAACAUGGAGCUACUUGAAACCAAUGGAAAAUAUGUCAUACCAUUAGAUACGGUAGACUUAUCACUUUUAUCAACAUUGAAUGUUGCUCCAAAGCAUCACAACGAUUUAUUGCCUUUAUGGAGUAAAAAUAACUUAACAUUGAGGAAUGAAGAUUGCUAUUUAGAAUUUGAAAUCAAAGAUAAGCAGGACAUCUCUGACACAGAUACAUAUUAUGAUGAAAUUGAAUUUGAAAUAGAUGAUAAACAAGAUAUCUCAGAGUCGAAGGCCACAUAUGUUAUUCCCACAGAAAAUUCAUCAAAUCCCGAUGUCAGUGGAGAAAUAACUAGAAAUUUGUGCUAUAUUUGCAAUAUCGAAGUUCCCUUGCCAUAUAUGAAGGAACACAUAAAUAGUACUAAACAUAAGACAUUCCUAAAAAUAACAGAAGUAGCAUUAGAAAGAGUUAAAAAGCAAGUGGCCCACAACUUCUCUGAUAAAAAUCCUGUCUCGUCAAUGUAUUUUUGUCAAACAUGUGUUACAACAACACCUGUCAAAGACAAAUCCUUCCAUAUGAAAUCAACUGCUCACAAAAACGCUGUUAUAUUAGAUAGAAUAUUAAAUGAUUUUUUAAAAAUAUACACACAUGAUGAAUUAGAAACAGAUAACACCGAAUCAGAAAUCGAAACUCCUAAUCAUGAAGAAUUGGAUAAAGUUAUCAAUAAAAUGUUAAAUGCUAAUUGUACCAAAAUAUGUAAUGAUGAAGACGUAAACAAACCUGAUAUCGAAAAGCCAGUCUGCAAUAAAGAUAUUACCAAAGAAAUAGUUUGGAAGCUGAUACCAAUUACAUUUCAAAAGAUAAAUGAAGAUGAUAUUGUCAGUUGUGGUACAAAUUUAACAGAAUACAUAAAUAAUUUAAAUGCUAAAACUUUAUCUUCACACAAGGUAAAAGAUGUUAAUGGCGAGUAUCUUAUUAUCGAAACAAAAGAUGGCAGUCAGUUAAAAGUGACACACAACAAUUUUCAUGGAGUAUCGGCUAUGGGAAAGCGCCAUGCUCAGUGCAAACUGUGUACAGAAAUAGUUAAAAAUUUAGUUGAACAUAUGUAUUCUCAAAAACAUUUUGAGAAUAUAGUACUGCCAAUAAAUGACAAGGAAUGUAUUAGAGAGUUGGAUAAUACUAAAAGCCAUUGCAUUCUAUGCAAUGAGUUAGUGGAAAGUGCCGAUUCCCACGCACUUUGCAACAAAAGACACAAAGCGUUAUUGAAAAAUUCUAUCUUGUUAUCUGAACAGGGGGGUGAGAGCCAAAUAAUAAUUGAAACACGAAGCGAUGUUAACAAACCAAAUAUUAUUACUCCACUUGAAAGUAACGAAGAACAAGUACCAAAAGAUUGCGCUGCUAAAACUACCUAUAAUAAUAUAAACAACGCACCGUCGGAGCUUGAAAAGAAUGAGUUUGUUAUACAAUUGGAUGCUAGUAAAACUGACAGAUCUAAAGCUAAGAAUUUUUUUUGCAGUGUCUGUCAAAUUUCACUUCGCAAAAAAGAUAUUCGUUCACAUAUAUUUAAGCAUAAAGCAGCCGAGAAACGCAGCACCUAUAUGUUGGAAUAUUCUAUUGAAGCGAAUAAUUUUAAAUGUGUGGUUUGUAAUUGUUUCGUUGAUACCCAUAUCGUUCAUUUAAUGAGUACAGGUCAUAUUGAUCGUUACAACGCUUUAUUAGCCGCAAACAAAAUGAUUACGACGCAAGGAAAUGUUUUUUGCGAAGCAUGCACUAUUUAUAUGUGUAUAGGAAAUGAGCUGGUUCAUAUUGAUUCUACAAAACAUAAGAAGUUGCUUUUGGAUUUGAAAAGUGUAAUUGUUGACAAACCCACAAAAGAAAAGCUUAGUACAGAAGCCAGAGGUUACGAUAGUAAACAACAUUUUUGCGUUAUUUGCCAAGUUAAUGUACCAAACAAUUCCCAUAACAUCAGUACACAUCGUAAUGAAAAAUUACAUAAACAUAAUUUGGCUAACGUUUUUGACUCAAAUGGUGUUUCUGUUCAAGAAAAUAACAAGAACGAUCAAAAUAAUAAAAGCACUCUUGGUAAUUUGCCAAGUCUAUCUAAAAAUGAUGAAGAAAAGGCUAGUGGUAAUCCGCCAGCAGAGAUAUUUUCUAAGGACACGCCGUCAGGAAGUGUUGCCAAAAAAAUUCUAGUUGCUAAGCGAAACGGAAAAUUACAUAUCGAAAAAGAUUCAAAUUCAAACUCUGUAACACGAACAGCUAAUACACAUGAUAAUAAAACUUUGAAAUCUGUUACUAGUGAAACAGUGAAAAAUGUUUUAGAAAUUACCUUAAAUCCGAGCGAGUUGAAGUGCAGAAUAUGCUUAGUGAUAAUUCCAAAUAAAACAGAGAAAAUUCAAAAACACCUUAACGGUUACGAUCAUAACUAUAGUGCUAGAAUACUACUGGUGCAGAACCGGUUGGAAUUGACAGGAAAUCUGUAUUUUUGUGACGGCUGCCGUGAACCUGUGAAUGUAGGAGACCAAUUCGAUCAUAUAAAAAAGCGAUCCCAUGCAGUGAAUAUGGACAGAACAUUUACUAACGAUAUAGUAAAUGCCUUUGUAGAAAACCAAGAUCAUACGGAUACCGAGUCAAAUAAAGAUAAUACUUUAAUCAAGAGACAAGUUCAUACCUUAAAAGUUCUACGAAGUAGUUCAUUAAAAAUACCAAUGAAAUAUUUUGAAAUGAAACUUACUGAUAAUCUAGGUGUGGUAACGUGCCAAGUAUGUAAUGUAAAAGUACCUCACGUUGUUUCUGCAUUGAAAAUUCAUGUAGAAGGACGAAACCACGUCGAAAAAUUGCAAGAAAUGUUAUCAAAAAACAAAAUACUAACAAAAAAUGACCGCUUUAAUUGUUCGGUGUGUCAGAAGUAUAUGAGGAAAGAAGUUCUUUUCAAUCAUGUUAAAAACCAAAAUCACGUAUCGGCCCUUGCGAAGACGCCGCCGAAUAGCAUUUGUAAAGUCUGUAAUAUAGCUAUAAUAAAGGGAAAAAUAGCUGAACACGUUUUAACCACGCAGCAUAUUAAUAAUGUAAAGAAAAAAAAUGAAAUAACUAAUUAUUUGUGUGAAAUUUGUGACGUUCAAUUGACCAAUAAUGCCACGAACAUUAACGAGCAUAACGAUGGUUUGCAGCAUAAAAACAAUUUAAAACAAAUAGAGGUAAAUAACAUAGAAAUAAAAGAAUGUGAAAUGAAAAAGAAGUGUUACUGCAAUACGUGUGAAGUGUACUUCGCUUGCAAAUCUGUCCAGGAACAUAUUCUUACGUCGAAGCAUUUGAUUUUAUCGGGAUCUGGACUUUAG